AUGUUUGUCGAUUAUUCGUCGAAAGGAGCCAACAAGAUCACCAACAGGAUCUUUGCGGAGAAGCUCCUAGAUCUCUUUUUUUUAGACACACUAGACGAUGCCCAAGUGUUGGAAUUUGUUAAGGGCCGGAUUCUUGGGAACCAAUUCAUGCAGCGGCUAACAUUGAACGACGUUCACGGGAACCGAUACUGGUUGUAUUACAUUUUGGGGCUUAAACUCUCCAAUGAACAGAUGGAGGAGGCUUUGGACGAGCUAGUGGCCUCGCGGCUCUUGUAUCAGGUGGAACUCACAUUCCCCGACUGCUCGUUUGAAGACGCGUACGAGUUGAAGGAGUCAGACCCUAUGCGCAAGGUAGUGGUUGACUUAUACAUCUCUAGCAUAUUUUUGAAGUGCAAGAUAAACUCAUAUGUGAAGGAGUUCACGAAGCUAGUGACCUCAGAUAAGAAGAUGAUGAUGCUGUUGAGCAGAGAAGAACGACUACUUGCUUUUUCGCAGUACUUUCCAGAGGAACGGCAUGAGUUCGACAGCCUUGUAGUGAUUCUUCCCGUGAAAUUUCCACGCACGUACCUCUCUCUUCUUGAAAAAGAUGGCACCAUGCGGACGAAUAUACGGCUAGAGUUCAAAAAGUGGGAGCUUGCCGAUCGCCGCCUUUUGUACAGUAAGAAUGUGCAUAUACGGGACAUUGUGGCACGGGAUCAGGACGUUCAACUUCGUUGGAUCCCAAACGAUGAGAUUCUAACACCUAGGGUACGGCAGAGCGGCGAUGUGGAACAUAGCGAGACAUCCAUCAUGCUCCGAGAUAUACACAAGCGCCACAUAGAGCGCCAGAAAGUGAUGAAGUCAGUCAACGAAAAGAUGGCCUCGGCAGGAGAAUAUACUUCAAGCGAGCCCAAGCCAGAAUUUCUCAAGAUCUUUGAUGAGAUAAAUGAAGAGCUUGAGCAAGCAAUGGAAAACGACGAGAAGGUAAUAAAUAAGACACAGGAAAUUAGACACAGGGUCAAAAAUGGAAGUAUUGUACUCCCAUCAGAAAUUGAAUAUCUCAGAGAUCCUUCCACGCAUGAUAUACUAAAACCCAUUAAUACCAACCAGGUUCAACACUCAUUAGAGAAAUUGAAUUUCGAUUCUGACUGUGUUUUUGAAUGCGAGAACUCAAGGGAAUUUACAAUCGACCGAGAGACAAGCUAUAAGACACCUGUAAAAGACCAUGUACAACACUAUCCUGACGCCGUAAUGACAUACAGAAAUGUGGCCUACGUGCCUGCCUCAAAUAAUUUGGAGGCGCCCGACAUCAUGUUGCGCUUAAGUUGUAGACGUUCGAACAGCACUGUGAGAAAAAAGCUGGCGGGUAUAGUUCGCUCACCAUUUGCAAAAAAGGAUUCAGCUAUGUACUUAGAUGAUGGGUCUAUGGUGCCUGAAAGCUUCUCCAAGCUAUCCUUUAGAUUUUUCCUUAAAGCCAAGUUCAGGAAGAUUAAACAGGACUGGCGAUAUUAUAAAAAUGUGGCAAAGCAGUGCAUGGAUGAUUUCAGAUCACCAUCUGCAGGAAUCAUAAUUCCCCCUAAAUCUGCUGCUUUACUCCAGGAGCCAGUUCAGCUUUUGUCCCAAGCACACAACAACUCGAAGUUUGUUGACCAGAAAAAUCGUUCUGUUGCUGGAACAUCUGCUCUGAAUUGA